AUGGAUUGCUCUAUGUCAGAAGAGUCGGAAGCAAUUGAUUAUUUUUCGUAUUUACCGCCAGAAAUUCUAGUCAAGAUAUUCGGUUAUGUCCCCCCAACAGAUAUAUAUGGAAAUGUAGCUAUGGUCAGCAAGCGAUGGCGAGAAGUUGUACUUGGAAAUUUAAAACGAAUGCCCUUAAUGCCUGUUCAUUGUUUCAUACAAGUUAUGGAUAUGGAAGGCAAUUUCGUAACUGAUGAUUUCACAAAUCCAUUGAUUCAAUAUUACUUUUCGUUAUUCGAUAGAACUCGAGAUGAUUACAAACAGAAAUUAAGGCAGUGUAGAGAGGGAAAUCUCGCUCACAGAGAAUUAUUCAUGGCUCAUAGAGGUGGAAACUUAGAAUGUGUUUGGGGUGGAAGCGACAAAAUGCCUCAAAGAGCAGACAGUGAACUAAUUAGAAAAAUAUUAAAAUAUGUUGAAGUCGAAGCGCUAAGAUUCGAAGUUAGAAAACAAGGACGAAAACUUGUUAGCCGAUUGACAGACGAUAGAUUUGCUCAAGCUCUAGCUUUCCUUGAACAAAUUUGUGGAAAAGUACAAGCCAAAUCUCUCUACUUAUCCUCAAGAAGUCCACAUUUUCCUUGGUGUUUCGCUGCCCAGUCAUCAAAGAGGUUCCAAGGCCUUCACGGACUGCAAUCUUUGAUAUUGGAGAAUAUGACAGCAAUAGAUUGUUUAGGAGAAGGUCCAGUACUUGGAGGUGUGGAUUUAUCCCAAAUCCGUCAUUUGCAUCUAAGAAUGGAUGUUACGCACAAGCAAGAGCUAGAGAAUACCGUGUGGUACGAGCUAGAUGGAUCUAUUCUGAACUCUCUUCUUCAAGGCCAUAAAAGAUCAUUAGAAUUUACGGCUUAUAACGAUGUGCCUCAGAUUGUAACUGCCAUUACUGCUGUAGAUAUGUGUAAUUUUGUCAUGGGUUGGAGAUCUCUUGUAACGCCUUGGAUUAUUCGUAAUAUAGUUUUUAACUCGAUUGUUACCAUCAGUGAAUUCCGAACUGUUGGAAUUCGCAUGAACCUUUUCGAUCAACAUCACUUAGAAGAUAUCCCAUACUGCCGGUUCCGAACUUUCCAUCCAUCCGGUCCCAAUGUUCUUCUGGAGUUAGCCUGUUACGGCAACGGGACAGCCACACAAUGGAGCAUUCGAUCAGGAUAUGGCCGGAAACGGUAG